AUGAGUGGUGAAUCCGCCGCCGCUAGCACAACACCGGCCGGUGGCGGUGGUGGUGGCGGUGGAGUCGGCGGGAUCCAGAUCCAGCCCCAAUCGAGGACUCGGCUGCCGGAUUUCUUACAGAGCGUGAAUCUGAAGCAUGUGAAGCUGGGUUAUCACUAUCUGGUGAGCCAUCUAUUGACCCUUUGCUUGAUCCCAUUGAUGGCGGUGAUCGUAAUCGAAGCUACCCAAUUGAAUCCCGACGACAUCCGCCAGCUCUGGCUCCACCUCCAGUACAAUCUCGUCAGCGUCAUCGUCUGCUCCACUUUCCUCGUCUUCGGGAUCACGGUCUAUGUCAUGACCCGACCCAGAUCCGUUUUCCUCGUCGAUUACGCCUGCUACAAGCCGCCGGCCGAGCUCCAGGUCAGGUACGAUCAGUUCAUGGAGCAUUCGGCGUUGACGGGGGAUUUCGACGAGUCGUCGUUGGAGUUCCAGCGCAAGAUCUUGGAGAGGUCCGGGCUUGGGGAGGAAACCUAUGUCCCUGAAGCGAUGCACUUCGUUCCUCCUCGGCCGUCGAUGCAGGCAGCUAGGGAAGAAGCUGAACAGGUGAUGUUUGGUGCUUUGGAUAAUCUCUUUGCGAACACUAAUGUGAAGCCUAAAGAUAUAGGGAUCUUGGUAGUGAACUGUAGCUUGUUUAAUCCCACUCCUUCACUCUCCGCCAUGAUUGUGAACAAGUACAAGUUUAGGGGGAACAUUCGAAGCUAUAACCUUGGUGGGAUGGGAUGUAGCGCUGGGGUGAUUUCAGUGGGUUUAGCCAAAGAUUUGCUGCAAGUUCAUAGGAACACUUAUGCUGUAGUUGUGAGCACGGAGAACAUUACUCAGAACUGGUACUUUGGGAACAAGAAAUCAAUGUUGAUCCCCAAUUGCCUGUUCAGAGUAGGGGGUGCUGCGGUUUUGCUGUCGAACAAGUCCAAGGACCGGAGACGGUCCAAGUACAAGCUUGUUCAUGUGGUCAGGACACACAAGGGAGCCGACGACAAGGCGUUCAAGUGCGUCUACCAGGAGCAGGACGAUGCAGGGAAGACCGGGGUUUCUCUGUCGAAAGAUCUCAUGGCCAUUGCAGGCGAGGCCCUCAAGACGAACAUCACCACUCUAGGGCCGCUCGUCCUCCCCAUAAGCGAGCAGCUGCUCUUCUUCGUGACCCUCAUUGCCAAGAAGACGCUGUUCAGUGGUAAAAAAGUGAAGCCUUACAUCCCCGACUUCAAGCUGGCAUUCGAGCACUUCUGCAUCCAUGCUGGGGGCAGGGCCGUGAUCGACGAGCUCGAGAAGAACCUGCAGCUUCUUCCCGAACAUGUGGAGGCUUCCAGGAUGACCCUCCACCGGUUCGGGAACACGUCUUCCAGCUCGAUCUGGUACGAGCUGGCGUAUGUGGAGGCCAAAGGGAGGAUGAGGAAGGGGAACCGGGUGUGGCAGAUCGCGUUUGGGAGUGGGUUCAAGUGCAACAGCGCGGUCUGGGAGGCGAUAAGGAAUGUCAAGCCGUCGGUUACUAAUCCGUGGGACGAUUGUAUCGACAGGUACCCUGUUCAGUCUGUGUUCGACAUGUCCUCUUCGGGAGGGAAAGAGUAG